AUGACCACCGACUUCGACACGCAGGCCGCCCUUGUUGAGGAAGUUUUGGGAGACCUCCACAUCCAGCGGGUAGCUGCCAUGCUCCUUAGUCCAUCACCCAGGGACACCCAAUUGCUACACGAUAUUCAUCAGGAGACCCAAACCGCCCUCAACUGCAUCCAGCAACGUACGAAAUCCGUUGAGAGGAAGGCGAAGGAGCGGAAUGGUAGUUUUAAGGCUCGAGCCCCUCCACCUACAGCCCGCGCUCCUCAAGUUGCCCCCUUGCCUGCCCCGAUUCACUCGAAGAUUACGGCCAAGGUUCCGAGCGUGCGCCGCCCCGGAAAUUUGAAGCAAGCCGGCAGGCCGAUAAAAACC